AUGGCUGCCAUUGAUUCGGAGGCCCUUUUCAAGUCAAAGUGCAAGCAGCUCAAGUUGCCAGAUGCGGUCAUCACCAAACUUGCAGGUAAGGGGUGGACCACCUUUGGUACCUUUGCUUUCUGCUGCCCUGGUGAGCCGGGUCGUAUCAGUGAAGCUGAGUUCAAGUCGGCUGUUGCCGACCCCGUAGUGGCAGCUGAAGUGGAGCAUGUGCCUAAGCUCCGUCGCUUGCACUUUGAGGCUUAUGCCAUGACUGCUGCGGAGCUGAAGCGCACAGCAGAUGCUACAGAGAGUGAUACGCCGCGUAAGAUCCCGGCAGUGGAGUUGGCGUCUCGCUACGACCAGCUGCAGGCUCGGGUGAAGCCUCUCCGAAUCAUUGACAAGCUCGAACCGUCGCAUGCCCUUGUGAACCUCGCGUCGUCCAUGCUGGAUGAAGGCAAGGUCCGCUACAUCGAGUGGAGUCGGUGUACUAGCAGGGCCCAGGAGAUCAAUUCUAUCAAAGAAGAUCAGGCGUUGAAGGUCCUGCAGGGCGGGAAGUCAGGGGCCAUUCGGCUGGUUGAUUCCGAGGUCAAGUUGACAGCUGCGGUUCAGUCAGAUUUGGAGGUUUUCCAGGCACUCAGGAGGCGCGGCAUUGCAUACAAUCUGGCAGCGAUCAUGAGCUUUGAGAAGCAUGAGCUCUUGCUUGAUUUGCUGUUCACAGAGUUUCAGCGGGAUGUGCCUGCCGGCUUCCAGCCGGUUACUUUUUCCCAGCUUCAGCAAGCCGACAGGGAGAUUCACGUCCGCAUGGGUGAGCAUACGCGUGCAGGAUUGGUUCCUUCGGCCGCAGGUGCACUGCCCUUGGACGACCCCCUUGAUGCGGUCCUCAAGUCUCCGGCGGUUCAGUGGCUGUUGAUGCCUCGCCCGAAGCAUGGCGCUGCUUCGGCUCCCAAGCAAGACUCUGCAGCACAGGGUUCGGGCCCCAAGCCAAAAGCCAAGGCAAAGGGCAAGGCAAAGGCGGGCUCUCCUGUGCCGUCCGAGAGAAAGCAGCAGCAGACCUCGAAUAAGCGGCGCAAGACCAUGUUUCGUAUGCCAAAGCCGUUGAUCGGCGGCGUGCCGAAAACCGCCGCAGGACAGAACAUCUGUUUCGAUCAUAACCUGGGGAAAUGCACCCCGGGGGUGGCGGAGUGUCCCAAAGGCCUGCACGUCUGCUGUUAUGAAGGAGCCGGAUCCGUGCGUGACGCGCCCCAGCCUCACCAUGCGAAGCUCUUGCGUGAAUCAGAUCUUUCCUGCAAUGCUCCUUCGGAGCCUGCCGAAUCUCCUAUGCACUCCAUGCCGAGGGGCAUGGACAAGGUGCCUGCUUCGUCUUUGCCGAGGGGCAAACGGCCGAUGCAGGAUCCAAGUGUUUCACAGUCGAAUUCUGAUGCCCGUUUCCAUUUUCCAUGUCCUGGUCAGUUGUUUCUGCAGACAUCGCACUUGCAUCAAGCUUCUGGUGUCCCGCAGCCGACUCCAGAGCAGGUGCCUCCUGCAGCAGCGUCGGCACCGCCAUCUGCUGCUGAAAUUCUUUCCUUGUUGCAGUCUUCCUUUGCUUCCCCGACAAGGAAUAGUAGGGCACAUGCGCUGGCUUCAUCCGAUGCUGUCGUCAGUUACUUUAAUGUCGGGGCAUUCUCCCAGGGCGCUCGGUUUGGGGUCACCCGGGAGACACACAGGCAUUCGCAAGCACUGGCGGACAUCAACCGGUGGCUCCGCUCCAAGUUCCCGUCCCAGCAUUGGUCUAGCAUCGCAAUUAAUCAUAAUGAAAAGUUGCAGCUGCACAGGGACCUGGCCAACGAGCCGGGCACGAUGAACUUUGCUGUUGCUUUGGGAAGCUUCCAGGGCGGAGGCCUCUUUGUCGAGGAUGCUUCCGGUGAUGUGAGCAGGUUUUGCGCCGAGCUUCAGGCUUUCAUCAAGGGCACUGUGCACAAUCUUCUCGCUUCACCGCUUGCCUUUUCUGGCCGCAAAUGGCAUCAGUCUGAGCCGUGGCAUGGCGAUCGUUGGGUCAUUACGGCCUACACGUGUUCUCGUUUGGGAUCCUUCCCUGCCGGCGACAUUGAUGCCUUGCGUGCCUUGAAUUUUCCGCUCCCGCCCCAGUGUCUCCCACAGGUCUCUGUGCCGAGCUCAGUUCCCCCGCCUGACGCCGGCCCGCCACCCCACACUGCAGCUGUCGAGCCACAGGGUCGCAAGCCCUUUGCGUUGGAAAUCUUCUGUGGUAGUGCUGGCGUGUCGGCCGCCUUUCGUCGGGUGGGCAUUGAGUCGCUCGGAGUGGAUCACGCAUGCCCGGGUUCUAGAGCAAAGUCGCCUAUGAUCCGCCUGGAUCUUCGCCGCAAGGCCCACCAGGACAUCCUUUGGAGUGAAAUACAGCGGGCAGACGUAGUCUGGCUCGCGCCCCCCUGCGGGACAGCGUCACGUGCCAGAGCAGUGCCUCUGAAACAGAAGGGGUUGCCGCGUGUUCGCCCUCUGCGGGACGCUCGCUAUCCUGAAGGUUUCCCGUGGCUCACUGGCGUGCCUGCGGCAAAGGUUCAGAGUGCAAACCAGCUUUAUGCUUGGGCGGCCGAGGUCUUCGCAUAUUGCCUACGCACUGCUAAGAUUGUCAUUUUGGAGAAUCCCGCCAAUUCUUGGCUCUGGCAAACAAAAUGGUUCAAACCACUGCGCCCUAAAGCUUUUUGGCAGGUCCUUCAUAACUGCAUGUACGGCUCUAUGCGGCGAAAGCUAACAGGUUUGCUCUCGUCCAUUCCGCUACCGGGCAUGCAACUUACGUGCAAUGGCAAGCAUAGUCACCUUGCCUGGGGUGCCCAAAACACCAAGCAAGGCUGGACCUUCAGUACUGCUGCGGAAACUGCUUACCCUGUAGACUUCUGUCGGGCGGUCGCGACCGACGUGUUGGUAGCAUUGCAAGAUCGUGGUUUCUCCUUUCAUCACGAAGGUUCUCCCACCGCUGCAGCUCAAGCUGCCAUGGCUUCCAACAAGCAGCCCCGUCGGGGCCGCGGUCAGGUUGGCCCUUCUGAGUUUGCAUCCAAAGUGCUCCUUCAGGUUCCCGUGCAGUCCAAUUUGCCACCGACGAUGCCGGCCACGGCGCCCGCAGGUUUACAAGGCGUUCCAGUUGGUUCUAAGCUGUUGUGGUCCCGUGAGGUGCUAAAGGGGGAUUGUCGGGUUAAGGAGUGUGAAUAUGGCAUAUACCAUACGCCCGAAGCUUUCCUCGACAAAGCUUUGCAAACGGUCCAUCCCUUCGAUACUCCUGUGUGCAUUGAUCGGCCUAACCUUCGAGCAAUUGCCUUCACGCUUGAAAAUGGAGUGGAGGCAACAGCUCUCCGUCGCAAGCAAGUCCUGGAGUACUACUCGAAGAGAAAACUUGAGCUCGCUGAGGAGGAGAAACAUUUGAAGGAUUCAAUGCACCCGGAUGUUCGGAGUGUGAUGGAGUCGAAGAAUCUUCUGUUGUUCAAGGAGAUGUUGAAAGAUGCAGAAGUACAUGACGAGUUCCUCUUCGAUGACAUGGUAAGUGGCUUCAGGGUCACGGGUGAGCUGAGGCCUUCGGGCCAAUUCCCAUCUAAGUGCAAGGUUGCAGCCAUCACUGUGGACGACUUGAGGGCCACGGCCAAGUGGGCGAAGCAUUUGGUGGAGGCUUCUUGCAGGCGAGCGGCAAAAGACAAAUCUGUCGCGAAAGAGGUGUAUGCUGAAUCCCUGGACCAAGUCGACAAAGGGUGGUUGCGGGGCCCUUUUACGUGGGAGCAGAUGGAUGAGCGCCAUGGCGGCACCUGGAUUCCUUCGAAAAGGUUCGGCGUCGUUCAAGGCGAUAAGGUGAGAUCUGUGGAUGACCUGAGCGAGUUCUUGGUCAACGCGACGGUGACCGAGACCGAGAAGAUCUUGCUUGAAGGUAUCGAUGAGAUUACUUGUCUGGCCCGGUAUUUUGGCGGUGCCACUGUGGCGGGUGUGGACUCCUUCAGACUUCCGUCUUCGUCCAAAGGAACCGUGACGAGGAGAUUACACCCUGAUUUCAGGAAUGGCGAGGCCAGGAGGUUGUUGGGCCGGGCACUUGAUCUGAAAGCCGCUUAUAAACAACUCGCAGUCCAUCCAGCCGACCGGUGGGCGUCUGUGCUAGCGGUUUUGGACGUGGAGUCGGACAAGGUGCUCUACUUUGAAUCGCUGGCAUUACCGUUUGGAGCAACGAGCGCUGUCACAGGAUUUAAUAGAGCCGGACGAGCCUUGCGAAUGAUUAUGAGUCGCUUGCUGUUUCUGACCAAUACAAGCUUUUUCGAUGACUAUUGCCAAAUGGAGGUUGCGCCUCUUGCUGAGUCGGCUGAUUCUUCUGCAUUGGAGCUGAUGAGCUUACUCGGGUGGCAAGUGUCUACGGGUGAUAAGCUUAAGAACUUUUCCUCUACCUUCAACAUGCUUGGCGCUACGAUCUCCUUCGAUGAGCUUCCCAAGGGUUUUGUCAAUGUCUCGAACAAGCCGGGAAGGAUUGAAGACAUCGAGAAGUUGGCCAAAGAGUUGGAGGAUCGCGGCCAAAAGGGAAUCGAUGUUCUGCCGUCGCUGAAAGGAAAGCUGCUUUAUGCAGCUGGACACGUCUUUGGAAAGUGUGCUCAGAUUGCAACACAAUUGAUCCGGCACUAUGAGAGUUUUGGGUCAAAGUCGGCUGACUUCGAAUCCUUGUGCCGUGCCAUUUGGUUGGCGAUUCGCACGUUGAAGGAGGCUGGCCCGAGGAGGAUCUCUUUGUGGUCGGAGCAGCCUCCGAUCGUCAUCUUUUCAGAUGGAGCGCAUGAGUCUGACCUUGUCACGCAUGGAGCUGUGAUCGUCGAUCAGGCUACUGGGUUCAAAGAGGUGUUCGGGGAUAAAGUUCCUGACGACGUCGUCACCGGGUGGCGAAAAUCUGGUCGCAGACAACUGAUCUUCUUUGCGGAGCUCUUCCCGGUGCUUGUCGCCAAAAGAACAUGGGCGGACAGGCUUCGGAAUCGUCGUGUCUUGCUCUUCGUAGACAACCAAGCGGCGAAGUCAGCUCUGAUUAGGGGAUACUCACCUUUGGUUGAUGCUUCAAAGGUUCUGGCGGACAUUUUCGAGCUUGAUGUCCGGCUGGGUUGCUUGACUUGGGUCUGCUGGGUGCCCUCCAAGAGCAACGUUGCAGAUGCAGCAUCCCGCCUGGAGUUCGAAUCGUACGCAGGGAUCUUCAAAAGGGUCAUGCCGCGGUAUGCAGAAACUUCCUAUGCCAGGAUUGCCUAG